UUGUCCUGCAGCGCUGUCCGACAGAAAAAAAAGCUCUGGUUCAUAGGGAGGGAGAGAGGGCCGAACGCGGGUAGUGUUGAGGCGGAAGGUGCGGGUCGCUGUGGGCGGUCCGCGGAUCCUUCCUACACGGCACAAGGCUGUGAUGUGGCGAGGGACCUCAAACCAAACUGGGAGAGUAUUUUAAACUUAGAUGCCGUCUCUCCAGUGCAUUUCUAUUGACGCAUGUAUUAAUUGCCUUCUGAUCACUGAAAGCAAUCGGUGAUUAAAUGUCUUGUCGUCUAGUCCUGUGUUUUCCUACCUGGCACAACCUCCUAACCGUGUGCAAACUAAUUACAGUCAGUUUGCUGUUGUGGCAGUUAGCGUCAGGCAGAGGUUUAUUUCUCACCUAUUGCCAGUCCAACGGGUCACCGUUAUGUUUUCUCAUACAGUUCGACUACAUCUGGCAUGUUUCGUUAUUCUUUAAAUCAUACAAUUUGCUAAUGCUAUGUGACUUUAGUGAGGCACAGUUUUAACGCUUUUUACCUUGACAUUAGUCACAACGGCACAAUACAAACCUGGUGAAAUUGUAGACCAAAGAGCUACCUACUGGUUAACGAUGAUAUGAAUCUUGUUAAAAAAAAAUAAACUAUUUUUAUGAUGCAUACUUGGUCAUUGCCAAGUUAGAGGCAUUUUGAAUUUGGAAAAUAAUAAGUGACCUUUCAGUAGUUUACAUGCCUUCCUCCAGCCAAGGUUACUGUAAGAAAUACUGCAUACAAACUUCUUUCAUAGAUCUCCAUGCCAGCAAUGAAAAGGAGCAAGAAGCAGAAAAAAAUGGAAGUUAUUGUAAUGGGAUGCUAAAGAUUGUUGAAGCCUCACCACGGUGUUUCCUGAUACAGCAUGUUAAAAAAUAAGGAUCGUUCAUCUAAAAAAAGUAACUUAGCAGUCUCUGCAGUUGCCUUACAAGACCACAUAUUACGUGAUCUUCAACUUGGACAUCUCUCAGUAGCAGAUCCUUGUAAGACGAAAGUGCAAAAGAAAGAGAACAAAUCAAAAUCUCUCAGAAGAGACUCAGCAGCCAUGGUGGACACUGGACUUAGAAAGACUGCAGAGGGGCCUAAGGGGGAAGAUCCAGAGAAGGAGUAUGUUCUAGACCCCACACCCCCACCGUUAACUUUAGCCCAGAAACUGGGCCUCUUGGCACUUCCCCCAUUACCACUGUCAUCAGAUGAAUGGGAGAAAGUGAAGCAGAGAUCCCUUCUACAAGGGGACUCCAUGCAGCCAUGCCCAAUAUGUAAAGAAGAAUUUGAGCUCCAACCCCAGGUACUGCUUUCCUGCUCACACGUGUUCCAUAGGGCAUGCCUUCAGGCUUUUGAAAAGUUCACAAAUAGAAAAACCUGUCCUCUCUGUAGAAAGAACCAAUAUCAAACGAGAGUGAUACACGACGGGGCUCGCCUGUUCAGAGUAAAGUGUGCCACCAGAAUCCAAGCCUAUUGGAGAGGGUACAUCGUUAGAAAGUGGUAUAGAAACCUGAGAAAAAUGAUCCCACCUACGGAUGCCAAAUUAAGGAGAAAGUUCUUUGAGGAAAAGUUCACAGAAAUCAGCCACCGAAUCCUGUGCUCAUACAAUACCAACAUAGAUGAACUCUUCUCAGAGAUUGACGUCUGCUUGGCAGUAAAUCGUAGCAUUCUUCAGCAGCUAGAUGAAAGGUGUGGCCAGGAGAUCACUGAUGAGGACUGGGAGAAAAUCCAAGCGCAGGCUGCUCACCAUGAGAUCUAUGAAUGUUCUAUCUGCCUGACUCCACUCUUCUUCCACUGUGAUGGUCGGCAAGCAGCCGCAGGGACCAGCAGCCAGCAUCCCCGAGAGACGGUCCUCCUGUCCUGUGCACAUCUGUUCCACAAUGCCUGCCUCCUGGCCUUGGAGGAGUUUUCUUUAGGAGACAAUGCUCCUUUCCACGUCUGUCCUCUCUGUCGCUCUUGCUACCAAAAGAAAAUUGUUGAAUAUUGAGUCCAUGUCCAGGAAGUUAAAUCUAGGACUAGAACAAGAGAGGGGAAAAGGCUACCUUGCUUUCGGAUGAGCUGAAUGAGUUUUGGGUUGAGGACUACACUACUGACUGUUCUUUGUGAUUAUAUAGAGAAAAUAUAAGUACCUAUUUGACUGUGAUCUUUAUUACAUAAAAAACAGCUUGUGUAUUUGUUGAAGUUAGUCACUUAAAAUAAAUGAAAAAUAGUGUUACUUAAAACAUGGCUAGUGUAUGACCAACAGCCAGGAAACCGGAACAGGUAAAAACCCAGUCAGUAGCAUUAGCAGUGUGGGAAUGGAGACUGGGGUCUAUCCUACAGACCUUUCACGCCCCCGGCUCUUCCUAUCUCAAGGAUUUAAGUCUCCUUCACCUCAGCCUUCACCAGGGAAUCUGCUCUCUGUGGGGGAAGAGCAUGUGCUGGGAGGCAGUGCCUGUGUGAGACAGCAUCCAGCCUGGAUGUCAGUGCAGCAGAGCAGCAUGGGGCAAACAGAGGCAUGGUCAAGAGCUCAGAACUGUUCCCUACACAAUGUGAGAAGCAUUUUACAACUCAUUCCUUAUUUUUAACCCUUUUAAAAUGAUAUAUGCAUUGAUAUAUAAUUUGUGAAUUAGUAUAUACAUGUUGUGCUCAAAUUCUUCUUAGUGAUUAGAUAUACUGUCAUGACAUCUAGAGGGUAAUCUUAAGAGUACUCAAUGGUAGAGACAGGCUGCAUCUCAGAGAACCACUCUUCCAUUCAGGAGACUCAGCUGAGAGCACAGUGCAAACUCUUACCAUUCCACCAUGCCUUUAGUCAGCUGUCACAGGGAAAUCAACAUUGAUUGGAACAUCUCAUGCCAGUGAGAAGGUUCAGAGGCCAUCGACUGUGAUGACCCUCUCACUGUGGCUUCUUCCUCAGCACAGCUUCACUGUAAUGAACUGCUCUCCCCUUAGCUUAGCAGAUGUCUGUGCAUUUUUGCAAGAUUAAGCCGUCUUGUCACUGCCCACUCCCAUUUAUACUUAGGAAGCUUGCAUGCUCUGGGUUUUAGCAAUUGUAGUCUCCCUUUCUCCCCACAUUGCAGAUAGACAUGAGUUUUUCCACACUUAUAAACUUUUAUGGUUGCUGAUCGAUAGGACCUGACCCAUCCUUAGGCACUCUCAUUGCUAACACAUGAACUGAGGAAGACACUGUCAAAGGAAUGCAUUUUCAGAGCAUUUUGGUCCAGAAAAGGUUUAUGUGAGCCAACAACAGGUGUUCUGAAGCUUCUGCUUGGAGAGCAAUAAGAGUCCUAGAAACCCAUGACAAGCUAGGGUGGAGUCCAGCCUUACGGUGCUUUGUAGGACACCUUUCCCUUUCAAAGUACAUGAGACAGACACAUCAUUAUAAGACUGCAGUGUCACACAGCCCUCUAUUAUUUAUCCUUACUACUCAGGACAUAGCUAAUGAGUUUUAUCCACAAAGUAUAGCUAGAACUGGACCUACUUCAAACUUUCUGAAUCCUAAGUAACAUUAUAGGUUUGAGUAGAGAAGGAGAGUAAGCAAGGGCUUCAGGUAGUGAGUGGCAAAAGCUAGCUGCUGCUGCUGCUAGUGUUAUUUUCAAGAUCAAAGUCCUUGCAAGAUACAUCCCUAAAACUGGUCUCCUUUUAGAGUCACCCCAUCUUAGACAUCUGCUUAUUGAUCUGCA